CCUGACACUUCAUUCUCAUAGUUUUUGUGGAUUUUGCCGCGAAAGUUUAUACAACUUAUUGCGUAAAUUUUAUGUUUUAUGCUAUAAUAAUGCUUUUGUUGCUAUAAUAAUGAGUAAAAAAACGUUUUUGUGUAAUAACGAACUUGGCUCAUCUUCGUCUUCUUCGGAAGAAGUAGGAAUGGCAUCUCCACCGCCAAAUAAGCGGAUGAAGCAGCAGCACCAGCAAAGCAGGUUAAAUAAGCCACAUGAUACGAUGAACAAACAACGAGCAUCUGAUCUUGUAAAGUUUGAUGCAAGCAGACUACCACAUACAGCAAGCAGAAAUGUUCCAACCGAGCGGGGCAAAAUAAAUAAAACUUUUUCUGCAAAUUUUAAUGUCCAACCGGGAGAAAGGAAGGCGGGCGAGGCGAAAGCACCAGCUUCCGCCGCUCAGAACGUGCACCGCAAAACCAGGUUUGAUUCAAGCAGACCACCUACAGCAACCAGAAAUGUUCCAACCGAGCGGGGCAGAAUAAACACAACAGUUUCACGUGGCAUCUAUUCGAACAGGAAUAGAAAUGAAGUCCAACCGGGAGAAAGGAAGGCGGGCGAGGCCGGAGUGGCAGCAGCUCCCGCCGGUCAGAAUGUGCGGAGCGAUACCAGCAGUGGUGCAUGUUUUCAUUGCAAUAUCUUUCUUUCACCGCCGAGCAUGAGAUGCAUUAUGAAUGUUCGAGGCAGCGUUAUGACGAGGGGUCCUCCAUAGUUGCCGCUGGCUCGGUAAGCAUCAAACGUUGUUUCAUCUGAUACCGGUGACGAAAAAGAGGGAUCGCUCUUAUACGGCUGGACGCCAUCUUACCGGCUUCACACGUGAAAACUUCAGUGGCGCUUGCUACCAUGAUAUAGUGUUAGGUUCUUAAUAUGAUCCGCCGGGGAUUAGCAUGGUUAUAUCCUUCGGAAGGGUAUAACACUCUCGGUCUGCU